GUAUGAUGUGGAAAAAGCUUAGGGUGUUGGGAGCUGGUUCUUACGGAACUGUGUCUCUUGCAACGCCGUUACCACAAUACUAUUCAGGAACUACGAUCUACGGAGCUGUUAAAUCCGCUGAACUUUCUCAUUCGUCUUCUCUCCGAAGAGAAGGGGAAAUAUUCAAAGUGUUGGAUGGAUCUGAUUAUGUAGUACAAUGUAUGGGAGAAGAUGUGAGCAUUGAAAACGAUAAGCACACUUAUAAUCUCAUGCUCGAAUAUGCUGCUGGUGGAACUUUGCAUGAUAUAAUUCAUAACCCCUUUAAUAUGAUCAUGGGGGAAUCAGAGGCUGCCUACUAUACUUUUCAAAUCUUAUCUGGAAUUUCUCAUAUUCACCGUAAAGGUUACGUCCAUUGUGAUCUGAAACCGGCUAAUAUACUUGUUUUUCCUCGUCCACAAUUCCAAGUUCCACAUUUGAAGUUGACUGAUUUUGGAUUGUCGUUGACAUCAGUUGAAUCACUUACAUACAGGGGAGAGCGUUUGAAGAACAGUGGCUAUUAUAGCCAUAGAGGUACCCUUGUGUACGCAGCUCCGGAAUGUAUAGUGUAUGGGAUUCACAGUGCAGCCGUUGAUAUUUGGGCACUUGGCUGCAUUGUGGUGGAGAUGCUUACUGGGGAGUGGUUAUGGCCCGUACAUAGAAACAAGGAUGAGUUAAUGUUCAUGAUUGCGCAUCGUAAACCAGAGAUUCCAAAAAAAAUAUCAGAUGAAGCAAAGGACUUUUUAAGCAAGUGUUUCGAAAAGGAUAACUGUUUGAGAUAUAGUGCUGAUAUGUUGCUUCAUCAUCCAUUCAUCAAGAAAAGUUGUUAUAAGAAUCUGAUGGAACAUCGAUUAAUGUAUCCUUCUGUUAGUCUAGGAUGCGGAGAUUGGAUUUCAUCAGAGCACUUGUUUUCGACAAUCAGUCCUCGUGACAGCAACUUCACAGGAUAA